AUGUCUUACUCAUACCUUUUCAAAUACAUCAUCAUUGGAGACACUGGUGUCGGCAAGUCCUGUCUUUUGCUUCAGUUCACCGACAAAAGGUUUCGACACGACCAUGAUCUUACAAUUGGAGUCGAGUUUGGUUCUCGCAUGAUCCGUGUUGAUGAUAAAGAUAUCAAGCUGCAGAUCUGGGAUACCGCAGGCCAAGAGAGCUUCAGGUCAAUCACCAGGUCUUACUAUAGAGGGGCAGCUGGAGCUUUAUUGGUUUAUGAUAUCACAAGAAGAGACUCCUUUAUGCACCUUGGAAAUUGACUCCAAGACGCAAGGGAAAAUGGAAAUAGUGACAUGAUUAUUACUUUGAUAGGCAAUAAAACUGAUUUAGAGUCCCGUCGUACAGUAAGCUUUGAAGAAGGCCAAAGAUUUGCACGAGAAAACAACCUGAUGUUUUUAGAAACUUCAGCGAAAACAGCAAACAACGUAGAAAGUGCAUUUUUGGAUACAGCAAAUGCUAUAUAUGGAAGAGUCAAAGAAGGGGCAAUUGAUGUCACAAGCGAAACCUGUGGAGUCAGAAUGGGCCCAACAACGCUGUCUUCAAUGCAAGUUAAGCCAAAAGAGAAGUCUGGCUGCUGCGGAUAG